AUGUACCUUGAAGAAUCCAAUGAACUGAAAACUGAUGCUGGUGAUCUUAACCUGAGGUGUAUUGACAUUGAACGGUAUGCGCUCCUUCAGUUCAGAGAAGGCCUGAUCGAUCCUUUGGGUCAUCUUGCUUCUUGGGUUGGCAAAGAUUGUUGUAGAUGGAAGGGUGUUCACUGCAGCAACCAAACUGACCAUGUUGUAAAGCUUGACCUCAGAGAUAAAGGUGAUUGUUUCAUGAAAAGAAUUCAAUCUGCAGCGGCUUAUUACAACAACUCAUCAUGUUUGGGUGGAAUUCCAAUCCCAGAUUUCUUCGGUUCAUUUGAGAGAAUGCGUUAUCUCAAUCUCUCAUAUGCACAUUUUUCUGGGAUUGUUCCUCCUCACCUUGGAAAUCUCUCAAAUUUGCAUUAUCUUGAUCUCUUCGCAUAUCCAAAUCCCUAUGAAGUCAUUGGAAGUAGCUGGGUCUCAGACUUAAAUUGGGUCUCUGGACUCACUUCUUUGAAAUACCUGCACCUAGGAGGCCACGACCUUAGUUUGGAAACUAAUUGGCUGCAGACUCUAAGUACGUUUCCUUCCCUUUCUGAAUUGCACUUGUUCGACUGUGCACUGCAAAACAUCCCUCCCUCUCCACCAAAUUUGAAUUUCACUUCCCUUUCGGUCCUUGAUCUAUCUUAUAACCAUUUUAACUCUCUCCCUCAAUGGUUGUUCAAUAUCAGUUCCCUUGCCGAACUUGAACUUUCUUCUUGUUAUAUGAAACCCUCCAUUUCAAAAGCUGCUUGGGAAGAUUUGUGUCAUUUGCAGGUCUUAGAUCUUUCCAACAAUGAAAUCAGUGGCGACAUAAGUGAUUUAAUAGGGGAUCUGUCUCGAUGCAGUAAUCAUAGCAUAGAGAAGUUAAGUUCGUGGCAUAAUCAAUUGAGGGGACAGCUGCCUGAGUCAUUUGGGUUCCUUAAAAAUCUAAGGGACCUUCGUCUGGAUGAAAACUUGAUCACAGGUCCAAUCCCGGAAUCUAUUGGAAAGUUGUCUAAGCUGAACAAUUUAGGCCUCGUCGGGAACCAGUUGAAUGGAACAAUCCCGGAAAGUGUUGGAAAACUCACACAGCUAGCUAAAUUGCGCCUCUAUAAAAAUUAUUGGGGAGGUGUCCUAUCCCAAAAGCAUUUGGAAGGCCUCAAGAAACUGGAAUAUUUUUCCAUAUCAUCUUCAAAUAAAGCGUUUUCUAUCAAUUUGAGUGAUGAAUGGGUUUCUCCUUUUAGUCUAAGAUUCAUUGAAAUCGACAGCUACCCCUUGGGUCCAAAAUUUCCAACAUGGCUUAAAACUCAGAAACAACUUCAUGCUAUUGCCCUCACAAUGUUUCUAUUUCAGGCACCAUACCCCAUUGGCUCAGGAAAUUAUGUCCACAGAUUCAACGUGAUAGUCGACUUCAGUUUCAACCGCUUAAGCGGUCAGGUUCCCCUUUGGCCUAAUGUGGCACGUCUGAAUUUGGCGAAUAAUUUGUUUUCAGGAUCGAUACCCACAAACAUUGGCCAAGUGAUGUGGCGACUAGAAAUUUUAGAUCUUUCUGGAAACUCUUUGAAUGACAGCAUUCCAUUGUCUAUCAGCGAUAUGAAGUACUUACGAAGGCUAGACCUAUCAAACAAUCUUUUGUAUGGAGAAAUCCAUGAAAAAUGA